CUUGCGUGGCGGUUCUGCAUGCCAGCGAUCGAUUUCAAUUCUGGAAAAGAAACUAUCGAUCUAUGAGAACAUAACAUUAUAAUGAUAAUGAAUAAUGAAUAAAUUAUGCAUUUACCUUUGUGAACUUCCAAUAUUCCAGUCGAAUUCUCAACAACUCGUUUUCGGGCAAAACAUUCGCGCGCCAUUAUGGUUUCUUAUGUUUUUUUCUUACUUUUAGAUUUUAUGUGCGCAAGGUUAGAUGUUAUGCUGCUACACUUGGAAUAUAUUUUAGUUAUAAUAAAUAGCAAAUGUCGUACUUAUAGAUUUUAUUACUUGCACAUAAACGGGCAAUUCUCUCUCUCGCCAGCAAUCCAUGAGGUUAGUGCACAUAGAAUCUAUCAGUCGAUUAAUUUGAGUGCCGAUUUCUUUUCUAAAAAAUUCAUCUACAACACAUCUUUAUAAUUUUUUAAUUGAUAUUUAUAUAAAUAUUCGUUUUUCAGGCAGUUUCGCAAGAAUUUUUUUUUAAACUGCAAUUAAGCAUCCGCUGAUAUUUCUGCUGAAAACUCUGACAACAUAGUACAUGAAUAACGGUUUUGGGACUCAGUUUUUAAUUACAAGCCAAUGAUGAGUUUUAUAACUUAGUAAUUUCUCAAUUUAUUUGAAACAUUGAGAGCUUUUAAAAUUAUAAAAGAAGAAAAAUUCAAAAAAAAAUCUCAAAAUUUCAAAUAAUUUUUGCUGAUGGAUUAAUUUAUGGUAAAUUUGAACUUUUUCGGUGGAAAAAUGUUUAUUGCAGUUAUUGAAUUAUUCGUGGAAACUCCGACAUUUUUUAUUGCUCGAAAUUCAAUUAUUUAUGGGAAAUUUUGAUUUAUUUACGCACUGUUUGAUUUGUUUAUGGAAAUUUUGAAGUUUAUCAUUGCUCACACCCCUACUUGUUUUUUGGCAAUUCCUGAUAUUGUUAUGGAAAAUGAUCAAUUUUUAAUGGAUCGUUUAUAUUUUAGCCUAUUAAAACAAAAAAAAAUCAUGGGGAAAUAUGUUUAUUAAAUUCUUGAAUGAUUUUCUGAAAGUUAAAAUUGGAGUAAUAAGUGGACGUAUUUUAAAGAAAUUCCUGUAGAAAUACUUGAAGAAACACCUUGGAAAGCUUCUGUUAUGAUUCCUAGAAUAAAAAAACUUUAUGAUAUUUCUAAAUAAAUUCAUGUAAAAAUUCCUAGAACUUUUUUCUAACAAUCUACAGAAUCUGCGGAGAAAUUUUUAGAGUUGUCUUAGAGGAAAUGCUUUACAAAUUUUCAAGAAGACUCUACAUGAACUCCUGCAGAAAUCUCUGGAGGAUUUCUCGCCUGAACCACUGAAAGUAAUAAUGCAAGAAUCUCUGGAGAAAUUUUCUGCGGAAAUUUUCAAUAGAAUACCUUCUAGAGCAACAUAUUUCUUGAACGAAUUUCUAAAGAAAUCUCUGGAAAACUUACUGAAGAAACCACUGAAAAAAUUACGAAAAAAUCUUAUCAAUCUCUUCGUAAACAGAACCAGCGCACCUGAGCUUCUUAUUUUAAGCCUAUUACAAGUGAGCAAGAACAGAAUAAUAAAAUGCACUGCUGUGUAAAACUUGCUUCUUGAGACUUGUGCGUCUGAAGUUCUGAUGCACUGUCGAAGCGGGAUUUCAAAACGUUUGCUUUUAAGGAUUUCUGAAGAAAAUAUAAGGAAUUUCUGAAGCAGUCCGUGCAAUAUAUUCUAAAAUAAUGUUUUGAAAAAUGACAUGAAUACAUCCAGAGCUUACCCUGGAAUUUCCUUCUUGAUUUCUUCAGCAAUAGCUCCAAAGAUUCCUUCCAAGAUAUUUCAAGAACUUCCUCCCGGAAUAUCCAUCAAUAUUCCUUCAAAGAUUCCUCCGGGUAUUGCUCCCGGGAUUAAUCCUUGAAGUUCAUAAGGGCGAAGUAUUGGAAUUUUUUAUGGAUUUCUCCACUGAUUCCAGGAAUGUGUUUCCGGGAUUCUUUCAGGAAUUUCUCCCAGAUUUUUUCCCAGGCCUCCUCUCAGGAUUUUUCCUGGGAUUUGUUCAGGCAUUCUUUCUAGGAAUUCUCCUCGGACUUAUCCACGGUUUUCCCCUGGAAUUCGUUCCAAUAUCCUUCCCAGAAUUUCCUAAGGCAUUGCCUUCAGGGUUUGUUUUUCAGAAUUCCUUUAUGGAUUCCUGAACUUCCUCCCAAGGUUCCAUUCGGGAUUACGCCCGAGAUUACUCCAGGCAUUAAUCUAGAGAUUCUUCAGGGUUCCGAAAUAUAUCCAGAGCUUCCUCCCGGAGCUAUGCCAGAGAUUCUCCAAGAAAUUUCCUUCGAGAUUUUUUCAGGGAUUGCUUCAACGACUCCUUCAGAGUUUCCUUCCAAGAUACCUCUAAUAUUCCCGAGAUUUCCUUUAAAGAUUUUUUCAAGGUUUUCUCCUGGAACUUCACAAGGGGGAAGAUGCCCUAGAUCUUUAAGGACUUCAUCCAGGAUUUCUGAAGUGAUUCCUCCAGGGAUUUAUUUCCGAGAUUCUUUCUGGCAUCUCUCUCAGAUUUUUUUUCAGGAUUCUUCCUGGGAUUUCCUCAGGUGUUCUUUCCAAGAGUUCUCCUGGGACUUUGGGACUUAUCCAGGGAUUUCUCCUGGAAUUUCUCCCGAAAUCCCUCCCAGAAUUUCCAUAGGGAUUACCUCCGGGGAUUAUUUUUUUCAUAAUGCCUUCUGGGAUUCUAGAAACUUCCUCCCAAAAUUCCACUAGGGAUUACGUCCGAUUACUCCAGGGAUUAAUCUAGAGAUUCUUCAGGACAGUCACCCAUAAUUUCUCCAGAGAUUAUUCCCGGGAUUUUUACAAGGACUGUUAUAGAAAUUCUUACAGUUUCUCACAAGAAUUCUUCCUGGAAUUCUUCUAGAGAUUUUCUUCUACCGGGACUCUUCGCGGACAUCUCACAGGGAUUCCUUCCGGACACCCCUUAGAGAUUCCUCACGACAUUCCUCCAAAGGUAUCGCCCUGGAUUUCCUCAGAGAGUCAGAGAUUGUUUUUCAGAAUCUCUCCAAGGGUUCCUCCCGAGAUUUCUAAUGCAGGACUAUUCCCAAUACACUAAUAGAGAAAAGAAGAAACAAUCGAUGUGAUUUGUGGAUAUUUUAAAAGCUCAAGAAGUUCGGAAGUUACAUCGAACAACAAUGUGUAACAAUGAAAAGCUCAGCACUAAUUUACAAUCACAGAUUUGAACCCCUCGCGUAGCUCACAAGCUUCCAUAUCUACGACAACCCCAUUACAUCCCAUCAUCGCGCGCAACACAAGACAAGGAAGAGAAAGUGAUUUGCUGCGCGCACCACCAUAGCUUCCAUCGAUAUAUAUCAAUCCACACUGCACUGCACUCUGCUACUCUGCUGUGAGGAAACAUGCGCGCAACUUGUUGCAACCCCCGUUUAUUGGACGGCGACGCGUUCGCGUUCGGUUCGCCCGGAUCGAAGAAGUUAAGGUCCAUGGAGGAGAGGUCUCUUUGUUGUGUGGUGGCUGCACUGCUGCAGCAGCGCGCUUCCGCAAUUCGCGUGCAACCUCAACUUCUGAUUAUUUAUUGCCAACGUGUCUCUCCCGCGACGGACGAAAUUGGCUGUUCGUGCCAAUGGGUGAUCACUGCGCGCGGAUCACUACAGUGUUGGUCAAUGCUUUUGUAACAUUUAUAUGUUUUUCAGGCCAUUUCGAAGAAAGCCGAUUAGGUGGAUCGGUGAAUGUCGCGGUACUUGGUGAAAACAGACAGGCAGGCGCUAACACCAGAAUAGACUGAAUAGUGAAUAUCAUACGCACGUCAUUCACUAUCCUCAUUUUGUGACCAUCACCAAUGAUAUGGAUAUGAUUGUCAUGACUAUCUCCUUCACCUCUUGCUGCCGGAAGUAGAGGCACACACAACAGUAUGCAAAAUCCAUUUGAAGUACAACCAUCAACUGCUAUACUGUAUCACAUGGGUGAUUCAACAAACCUGAUCUGAUGAUCAUCUCGUGAUGGUCAUGAUAAUUUGCAUAAAAAAAUCAGCCAAACGGGUUAAUAAAAAUAAGAGAUAUCCUUUCUUGUUGAAUGUUGAAUACGAAUUGACCAAUACUGUACAUUGAUUAGCUCAAGCCAAGUUCGGAUAGUGUAUUUUCGGAGGAGGUCCAGCUUAAAACCUGUGUUGUGUUUUGUGCAAAUUAAAUAAUCACGAACUUUGAGCUUUCGGUACUCCCCGGCUUGAAUCGACAGUCGCUCAGUUUCAGGAGGCAGCUAGAAAGAAAUGAUUAAAUAUUUGAUUCGAAUAGGAGCACCUUCACCGUUGUUCGGGUGGUGCUUGGGGAUUUAUGGGUCCACACCAGGUGGGCCCCUACAGUCUGCCGUAUUAUGAAUUGGUUUUCAGAAUAUGAUAAAUGGCCUAAUGGGGCCCAGGAAAUCUUACCUCAAGUGAUAAGUUGUGUGUCCGGAAUAGGCGUUGUUUAGUGAAAGUAUACGAACCGAACCGGCUGACGUCAGCCUUAUUUCGGUUGUUUGAUAUUACUUUACAUUUUUUUUUGCCACUGGAAAGAGUGUGGAACAGUGGAACUGAAGACCCCCCACUUUUGGACAUUAUUGAUGAGGUUCUAAGAUUCCCGCGGGGUCAACCUGAUUGAACCCGACCAAGCGAGAGCAUCAUUCAUCAUCCGGAUCCAACAAUGACGAUCAAUGUUGCACACAGCUCGCUCGCUAUUCAGGGCAAAGUGUAUCCACUCCACAUACAGCAAAAAACAAUUAACUUCGUAAUUAACUGUAUAUUCCUGCGCGCGCGCGCGAGCGAAGAACUCGUUCGCGUUCGGAUCGGGGGCUCUCUUGAAGUUUGCCAUUCCUCUUGGAAACUGUUUUUCAAUCAAUUCCACACCCCUUCGCGCAAACAGCAACCAACGAUGAUAGAGUUAGAGUGCUGGGAUGGCUUGGCUGAUGAUGAUGAACGAUUGACCGCAACGGAACGUGCGGGCAUGAACAUACACACUUACAUGACGGAUUCAUUGUUCGAUCUAUAGAAUUCGGGCAAUUCGUUACGAUCACCAAAGCAAACGAUGAUACGGCGGUGAUCGGAUAGAAGCUGCAAAAAGUGGCAAUUGAAAAUGGUUCGUUGUAAUCAAUAAUCCCACAUGGGGAAUUUUGCCAAUCCACUUGAAAGUGUACGAUCACAUAAAAAAUAUUGGAUUAUUUUAAUAAUUUGUAGUAGAAAGUCUUCGCUAAACACUCCUGCACUAGAGUUUAUAAAUUCCUCCAAGGUUCUAAAAGAGAACCUUUUCCGAGAAUCGAGGAUUACUCAUUAGUAUUAUCUACAGAUUUUUAAGCUUUUUUAUGCUUGUUACAACAUUUGUUGUAUUUAAUAUACCAGCCCUAAGAAUGCGCAACGCCCCUGCACGAUAGGACACAUGUAAGAGAAACAAAAUGAAACAUUACAAAUGCACGAAACACAACAUGCAACACAACAUAAAUUGUGCUCUGUUAUCAAACUGGAUAACGAAGUCCAAUCCCAGGAUAACGAAGUUUUAUAAUUGUUCUUGUGUCCAUCUGUCAAUCCUGUGAUCGUAUUUAUAUCUGGCUGGUUGCCUUUAGUUCGCAGCGAUAGUUGCUUUCAUAGCUUGUGUUUGGUCUAGGAUUUUCCAAUCCUAAAGGGGGACAGAUGCACAAACCACAGUAUAACCUACAAGAUAAAUUGAAAAAAAAAUGUUCACAGCAAUUUACAAACGUAACAAAAUCUCUGGAGAAUUAAUUAUAUCGGAACAGUUUGCUCUUGUGAACUUCCGGGAGCAUGACCUGGAGGAAUCCUUGAAAGAAUAUUGAAAGAAAUCCCGGGAGGAAGCUCUAGAGGUAUUUUGGAAGAAAUCUAGGAGGAAAUUCAAUAAUCUCUGGAUGAAUUCAUGUCGAGAAUAUUGGAGAAAUCCUUGAAUGAAUUAUGGGAGAAAUCCCAGUAAGAAUUGCUGGAAAAUCCAUGGAGGAUCUCUAGGAAGAAACUCUGGAGGAAUCCUUGAAGAGCCCACCCCCCCCCCCUCUUUGAAAAACUCCCGGAGAAAUCGUGAGGAAAAUUUUUGAAUAAUUACUGAAAGGAAUUUCGGGAGAAAGAAAUUCCGUCAAGAAUUUUAUGAGGCAAUCCCGUUUUGAUAUCUGGAUAGGAUUUCGGGAGUAAUCAAGGGGGCAAUUCCUAGAGGAAUCCCUGAGGAAAUCCCUGAAAAACAAAAAUCCCAGAUGAAUUCCUGAAACAACCCCUGGAAGGAAUCGCUGGAGCAUCCUUCAUGAAAUGCUGGGAGGGAUCUCUUCAGAAAACGCAAGGAAUAUGUGAAGUAAUUUCUGGAACAAUACCUGCAAUUUCCCGGAUGAAAUUUCUGGAACUAUCUGGGUAUUUCAGACUCCAAGAAAAAUCCAAAGCCUUUCUGGGGUCUCUUGGAAGGUUUCAGGGGCGUUACAAGGAGUUUUAGAGGAUUCCAGGGAACUUCAAGGGGUUGCAGGAGAUUUUAAGGCUUUCAGUGGGAAUCAAGUGAAACCUUUAUGCAACCCCGUAAAAUUUCUGAAGCUUCCUUUUGAAGCCCCAUGAAACCCUAUCAAAACUCUUGAAUCGUUCCAAAAACUCCCUAAACGCCUCUUAAACCCUUCAAAUUACCCUGGAAUUUUGAGAGUCCCAUCAAGUUUCCUAGAUAAUCCCAGAAAUGUCCCUGAAACCUUCAACACGCUCUUGGAACGUCCUGUAUUGUCUUUGAAACGCCACUGAACCCCCCAAUUUACUGUACAGUAUAAUACAGUACUGUACACAUAUAAUGUGUUACAGGAGUUUCUCCAAAGAUAUUUUCAUGUUGUCGGGAUAUUUCUCCUAGAGUUGCUUCCGGCAUUCCUUUUGAAUUCUGUCCGGUGAUUCUCCUAGGAUUUCUCAAGAUUUCUUUCCGUGAUUUCUCCUAGAAUUUCUACAGAAUUAUUCCUGUGAUUUUCGCUGAAGCUCCUCCCAGGAUUGUUCUGUAGAUUUUCAUGAGUUUUCCAAUGAGAUCAUCCCGCAAUUUCUUCUGGAAGUUUUCGCGGAAUCGCUCCUAGGAUCCCUGGACGGGAUUUCUUCCGGAGUUCAUUCUGCACUGUCUGCAAGAAAUUAUCGUAAGCUUUUGUCUAGAGCUUCUGCUGGGUUAUUUUUUAAAGAAUCUCGUGGGAUUUCUCUUGCUAUUCCUUUUGGAGUUUCUAGAACAUCUUUUAAUGCUUUGAAUUGGGAAGCACGAAUGGGAAAUGUGCAUAAGGUCUGAAAACGAGGGAAUUUUGUGUAUUGAAUCAAGUCAGUACUUUUAAUGCAGAAACUCAAUUCUCGAAAAAACAUUUGGGCGUUUGAGAUGGCACCAAGAGGGUUUCCUGGGAUGUUUCAGGGAUAUCUUGGAGAGACCCAGGGGAGAAUGUUUAAAUUAAAUUUUCUGCGAGUUUUAGGUACGCUUAACCCUUUGGAGACGGGAUUUACACCUAUCUGGAUACAACCUCGCUGGUCUAGAACACGUUUGUUAUGGUUGAUUUUCUCUGGGCACAUAUAACCCAUCCGGUUCCAAAGGGUUAAGGGGCAUUCCAGGGAGAAUUUUGGGGAUUGAGGUUUGUUUUAUAAGGGUUUAAAGCGCUUUUAGACACGUUCUUAGAUGUGUAAGAGGCGUGUCAGAGCGAUUCAGGGACCUCCAGGGCGGUACCUGAAACCCCCAAAAACGCUAAAACACCUCUGAAAUCUUAUAAGUAAUCCUAAAUCCACCGGCGAUCCCCGGAAAUCCCCCGCAAAGCCCCUGAAGUGCCCCCAACUCUUCAGUAAUCUUCUGAAAUCUCACAGAGCUCAGUGGUGCUCACAGUGCCCUUAGAAACCGCCCCCCCCCCCCCCCAGAAAAACCAUCUGAAUUCUCCUUAGAAACCCCUGAAUCCUCCUGAGAUCACCUGAAACGCUCCGAAGACCCCCUGAAACUUCCCUGCGACGCCCCGGAGAAAUAUUGACUCCCUAAAAUGCCUUUGAUAACCCCUGAAUCACCCUUGAGAUCUCCUCUCGAAACGCCUCUGGAAUCCUCUGAUUUUUUCUGAGAACCACUGGAUACCCCCCGAAACCAUCUCCGAUACCUUCAACACCCGUGGAUGCCCUGAGGCUAGCUCGUAUGCACUAAACCAAACCCCGAAAGAAUUUUGAAGAACUUUGUUAGAUCCUCUGGCAAUAAUCACCCGAGAAUCUCUGGAAGAAAUCCCGGGAACUGCUCUUGCAGAAACCCCGCUAAAACUCCUUUAGACGGACUCUGGUAGAAAUGCCAGAAUCAACUCUCAGAAGUCCCGGAAGAAUCCCCGAAAAACUUCGGGAAGAACCUUGGGAGCAAAUAGGGGAAACUCCCUGGAUAAAGUCUUCGGAGGCACUCCUGGACAAAUCGAGAAAGAAACUCCAACAAACCUUUAGAACUUCAAGACAGAACCUUGUCGCUGUCCUCGUCAAGAUUCGAAUGAAGUGUAUAGUUCACUCCAAAUCCUUACGCUGUUUUGCACACCGUUCGUCGUUGCUUUGAUCAGUCUGGUCAGCUUCCCAGAGAAGCCGUUUUCGUCCAUGAUUUUCCGAAGCUCUGUGCGGUCGAUACUGUCGUACGUCGCAUUGAAGUUGGGUCCAGAUAUUCUCGUCAUUUCUGGAAGAUUUUCCGUACGGUGAAGAUCUGGUCCGCUGUCCACCGGCCGUCGAUGAAGCCGGCUUGAUAACUUUCCACGAACUCAUUCGUUUUAGGCGACAGACGACGGAAGAUGAUCUGGAAUAGCACUCUCGGGGGCAUCAUUCCAAUGCUGAUCGCUCUGAAACGCUCUGAAAUGUUCGCCAUGCUUGUGAAUGGGACAAAUUACACCUUCCACAAACACAAAGGGACAAAUUCCACUCCUCCGGACUAUCAACCGGUGCAGACAGGUGGCCAACUUUUCUGGGCCCAUCUUGAUGAGUUCAGCUGCGAUACCAUCCUUACCAGAUGCUUUGUUGGUUUUUAGCUGAUGAAUGGCAUCCUUAGCUUGCCUCAGCGUGGGAGUUGGACCAUUUCCAUUCGCUGCUGCAUUGGCGUAGUCGUUCUCUCCGUUGUCGUGGCCUCCCGUGCCUACGUCCUCCACGCCAUUUAAGUGCUCGUCGAAGUGCUGCUUCCACGUUUCGAUCACCUCACGUACGUCCGUCAAGAGGCCUCCGUCCUUAUCCCUACAUAUUUCGGCUUGCGACACGAAGCCGUUGCGGGAUGCAUUGAGUUUCUGAUAGAACUUCCGUGUUUCUUGGGAACGACACAGCAGUUCCAUUUCUUCACAUUCCGCUUCUUCAAGGCGGCCCUUUUUCUCUCGAAAAUUGGCGGGUCUGCUGUUUCCGCUUCUGUUUGUAACGUUCCACGUUCUGUCGGAUCCCUUGCUGCAGCAUUAUCGCCCGCGCUGCGUUCUGGCUUGGGCCAGCGGUCGCACUCGCGUACGAGUUGCACGUAGAAUGCGUUCUUGGCAUCAUCAGUAAUUUCGGUGUGUGGGGGCUGUGCACGUUGGUAUCUAUCUCAGAAAUACAGUCAAAUAGAAUGUUGGUUGGAUAUGGUUUAGGGUUGAAUGUUAAGAAUGGAAUAGAAUGUCUUAAAGAGGGCAUACCAUUUUAUAAUAGAUACUGCUGAUAACUCUUAACAAAGUCCAUAGAAAUGAAACCGUUUUCAUGCUCCAUUUCCUAAACAGCUGAUGAGAUAAACCGCAACCUACGCAAUACUCAAAGCAACCGUAACGCUGGGGCGGUAGCCGAUAAAAACAGAAAAAGGGAAAAUUUCCUCCACGUGCUCCGAAAAUUUCUCCCUUUUAGCCGUUGCCGGGUUGUGGCAGCCUUACCUCAGCAAAUUCUUUUCCUAUUGAACCGUUCUUGCCGGCACGUAUUGGACGACGCCGGUUCUCAUCUAACUCCCCAAGUGCUCUCCUCUUGGAGAGUAGCCGGUCAUGGUUACUAGCACCACAACCACCACCACCAUCACAGCUGACUGACCGAAUCAGGUUGCGUUCCGUUUAUUCGCCCUCUUCGGUUUCGACUUGUUUCGUUUUGUUCCGUCCGACACAUUCCCAUCGUCAUCGUCAUCAUCAUCACCAUCCAGUCAGUAAGAGUCAGUCAGCAGUCGGUCCGGGGGCAGCGGGAUUUUCUCCCGAUCGAUCGAUCGAUGACGAACGGUGUUAGCUGUGUAGCUCUGAGCAGUCAGCAGUCAGCAGGUAUCGGAAACGACGGCGGGAGCUUCAGUGCCGGUGCGAGCUUCGUGGUUGAAGGCUCGCGCUUGGACCCCCGAAAAAUUUCGUCCGCGUUCCACCGAGACUCGAGAGGUUUUAGUGCGGCCGUUGAUUCGUCCGUCCGGUGAAUCGGUGCGCGUAAUUCGCCGCGGUUUGUGUAGGUAUAAUUGGUGAAUUGAAAUCGAGUGAACUAGAUCGAUUCGGUGCCCGGGGGUCGUCUUUUUUUUUCUAUUUGACAUUUCGCUUUGUGAAGAAAACGUUGGACUAAUUAUCGGCGAUAAAUUACCAUCAUUGUGUGCCGGGAGCAUGUGGGUCAACGGCGACGGCGGCGACAGCGAUGUGCUGAAAUUGGUUUUGCCUCGUAGUAGGGGUUUGGCGACCACGUGCGACACGUUCCUCCUCCAAUAGCAGCAACAGCAUCCAACGCAACAGGAAAAAAAGCGCAGAGUGUGCAAGCUCCUCGCCCCAAACAGUGAAAAUGACCGACAAAUAGCAAUAUAAGAGUAACCAAAUAAUAAAAAGUGCAAAUCUCGAAAGCGAAAAGGAAAAAAUCCUCUACCCGAAAAACGACGAAGAAGAAGAGAAAAACCGAGAAGCAAUCAUCUGUGAUAACCCAGUUCGUCAGUUAGUGGUGGUUAUGGUAGUGCGGCGCGGCGAAACAAGGCGAAACAGGCGAAUAGAUAAGUGAAUUUCUCAAAUGCAAUGAAGUGAGAUUUCGUUCGCGAGAAGGAACGGUGGAAGAAAGAGACGAAGAAGACGAAGAAGUCGAAAUAGCCCUCCCCACUUCCGAGAAGCGGUGUGGGAGCAUCCAGUUGUGAGAUCAGACAUCCUAGCAUCCUAACUGUGUGUGUAUGAGUGCCCCAAGUUCAAAGUUGCUCAACGGCAACAGGAACUGCAUCAACGACGACGACUACGACGCCGACGAUCGGAAAAGCAACGGGAAGCCUCGAGCCGAGCAUUUCAAGCCUCCCCGGCGGCAGAAGCUAUGAUAUCAGUGAAACGUUGUACAGCUACCAAUAUCAGUGCCAACAGCAGCAGCAGCCAUCAUCAUCACCAUCAUCAUCAGCCGCAUCAUCACCACGGUAACAGCACCAUCGGCAACCAUCAUCAUCACCAUCAGAACGGAACGGGAACGGUUCAAGUCCGCAGCAGUAGUGCAGGUCGUGCUGCUAGCAGUGGAUCCGUCAUCGUCGCUACCGGCAGCAACAACAACAAUCGGUUGAUCCGAAGCAGGAACAGUCCGUACCUGAGCAACGGGUACUCUUCCGGUGGGACACCCGGAGGAGGACCAACAACGACAGCAACGGUGACCGGCGGUUGCUCCUCGCUAACCAAUGGUGUUGUUGGUGGUGGCGGCAGUGGAUCGUACUCGAUCAUAACGAACGGUGGCAGUUUGUACUACAGUAGUGCCAGCAACCAGAGCAUAGCGGCGGGACCGAAAAGUUUGGGCAGUGCCAGUGAGGGCGGGGGACCGGUGGUGACAGCUGUGAACAGUUCCGCGAAUAGUGUGGUGCCCGUGGGGACGACCGAUUUGUUCGAGUUGGACAGUUUGUUUCUGGUGCCGAAAUGUGCCCUCACGUACGAUAAGGCGAUGAGCCUGCGGAAGGACCUGGCGGCGUACGAUUUCAACAUUCGGAUCCUGGAGGACACCCCCAAGGGGAACGUUUGGAUAUGUAAGUUGUAUUGUUUGCAAUAUGAUUGAUUUUCAUUCUA